AUGGACGCCGAAAUGGAGAUCGAUUCGCCGGAUCUACGAGGUUCAAAACGCGCAGCUGAAGAUGCUGAUUUAUCAGAAGUGCACAAGCCGAAGAGGAUCAAGGCUCUCGACCCUAAUGUCGUCAAUAAAAUUGCCGCCGGCGAAAUCAUCGUAGCUCCAAUGCACGCAUUGAAAGAGCUGAUCGAAAACUCGGUGGAUGCUGGUUCUACAAAUAUUGAGGUCCUAGUGAAGGAUGGAGGGUUAAAACUGCUGCAAAUCACAGAUAACGGGCAUGGGAUCGAUCGUGAGGAUCUGCCCAUUCUAUGUGAGCGAUUCACAACUUCCAAACUCAAGGAGUUCGAGGACCUAUCAUCCAUUGGCACCUAUGGAUUCCGUGGUGAAGCAUUGGCAAGUAUCAGCCAUAUUGCGCAUUUGACUGUUACUACAAAAACUGCUGGCUCUAGUUGCGCCUGGCGGGCACACUAUGGUGAAGGCAAACUAGCUCCAGCGAAGCCAGGGCAGAAUGCUGCUCCGAAAGCGACAGCGGGGCGUGGGGGAACCCAGAUCACGGUCGAGGAUCUAUUCUACAACAUCCCUAGUCGUCGCCGUGCGUUUCGCUCUUCCAGUGAGGAAUAUGCCAAAAUUCUCGACGUUGUUGGGCGAUACGCAGUGCACUGUGCUGGGGUUGGUUUCUCAUGUAGAAAGCAUGGCGACUCUGGCGUGAGCAUUUCCACCCCAUCUGCCGCCAGUACAGUUGACCGUAUCCGCCAAAUCCAUGGCAGUGCAGUCGCAAAUGAGCUUGUCGAAUUCGAGUCUUCAAACCAGAAGCUCGGUUUCCGUGCUUCGGGUCUGGCUACAAAUGCCAAUUACCAUGUCAAGAAGACGACUAUUCUCCUAUUUAUCAAUCACCGCGCUGUUGAGUCAACUGCUGUGAAACGUGCAAUAGAGCAGACCUACUCCGCAUUUCUGCCCAAAGGCGGACAUCCUUUUAUCUAUCUGGACCUGGAAAUCGAACCCCAUCGCGUUGAUGUCAAUGUGCACCCAACGAAACGGGAGGUCAAUUUCCUCAACGAAGAUGAGAUUAUUGAGAUGGUAUGCAGUGAGGUCAGGUCCAAGCUAGCACAAGUUGACUCAAGCCGUACAUUCCUCACACAAAGCCUCCUUCCUGGUGCCCAAACCAUCGAGUCCCUCCAGCCGGAUCAGGCUUCUGAAGGUGCAACAGACGGAAAACCCGCAAAACCUGCAACCACUCCAAAAACACCAGGCACAUAUAAAAGACCCGAUGAGAGCAAACUUGUUAGAACAGACUCCAAAGUUCGAAAAAUCACUUCCAUGCUUGCCCCUUCUCCUGCACAGGAGACGUCGGAUGCCAAUGUUCAACCCGGGAUCCCACCUCCUCCCAUCGAGGACGAUGGCCUCCAAUACGAGACCACAGACCGACAACCCCUCAGAAUCGCCCUUACAUCUAUCAAAUCUCUCCGCAGCGCCGUUCGCUCGAAAAUGCAUAAUACAUUAACUGAAAUGUUCGCCUCACACACAUACGUCGGUCUCAUAGACGAGCGAAGACGUCUAGCAGCAAUUCAAUCCGGCGUAAAGCUGUUCCUAAUAGACUACGGUCUUGCCUGCAACGAGUUCUUCUACCAAGUCGGCUUAACAGACUUCGGAAACUUUGGAACUAUUCGACUUGAUCCGCCACCAAAGCUGGUUGACCUAUUAAACAUUGCUGUCGAGGCAGAGCAAGAAGAGCACAGCAACAGCAAUGAUAACGAAGCGGAGACAGUCUUUGCGCAAGCUGCGGAAACAGUCUCUCGGUCACUAAUUGAGCGCCGCGAAAUGCUAAGCGAAUAUUUUUCCAUGGAGAUAAGCGAGGACGGUGAUUUGCUUUCUAUUCCCCUCCUGUUGAAGGGUUAUGUCCCCUCUCUUGCCAAACUCCCGCGCUUCUUACUCCGUUUGGGUCUAUAUGUAGAUUGGAAUUCGGAGGAGGAAUGCUUUAGUAUGUUCUUGCGUGAGCUAGCGGCCUUUUACACCCCAGAGAAACUGCCUGUUUUACCACCGGAGCCUACAAGCGAUGAGGACCCUACUGCAUCUGAGCCGGAAGCUGAGGAUCCGUUUAUUGUGACUCGGCGAGCACAGAUGGCUCGAAUGCUUGAGUAUGCUAUCUUUCCAGCUCUUCGUGCUCGUCUAGUUGCCACUACACGGAUGUUACGGGGUGUGGUGGAGGUUGCUGAUCUGAAAGGUCUCUAUCGAGUGUUUGAGAGAUGCUGA